AUGGCAUUCAAAUUUGUUUCUUUCGCUGCCCUUUUGGCUGUUGCCCGUGCUGGUGUUCCUUUGGGAUACGCUGCAGGACCAGCUGUCUCCUACUCGAGCCUCUCAGCUCCAGUUACCCACUACGCAGCAGCCCCUGCUUUGGCUAAAGUAGCCACCUACGCCGCAGCCCCAGCAGUCUCAUACUCAAGCAUCUCAGCUCCAGUAGCUCACUACGCUACUCCAGCUGUAGCUAAAGUUGCCACAUACUCUGCUCCAGUAGCCCACUACUCCUACGCCCCAGCUGUUCAGACCUACUCUGCUCCAGUUGCCCACACUUACUCUGCAGCCCCAGCUAUCCACACCUACUCUGCCCCAGUCGCUCACACCUAUGCUGCCGCUCCAGUUGCUUACGCCAAAUACGCUGCCCCUGUAGCCUACGCCACCCCAGUUGCCAAGACCAUCGUUGCCGAACCUGAAGCACCAGCCAACUACGAUUUUGGAUACUCCGUCAACGACCCCCACACCGGAGACGUCAAAUCUCAACAAGAAUCUCGCCACGGUGAUGCCGUCCAAGGAAGCUACUCCCUCAUCGAAGCUGACGGUAGCAAACGUACUGUCGAAUACACCGCUGAUGCCCACAACGGAUUCAACGCUGUUGUACACAAAGAACCAGCAACCGUAGCUGUCAAAACCGCCGUUCCAGUCGUAGCCAAAUACGCCGCCCCUGUAGCCAAAGUAGCUUACGCCGCUGCACCAGCCAUCUCAUACGCUGCUGCCCCAACUCUCUACCACCACUAA